CUGGCCGCCGCCUCUGCCGACUCCCGCGCCCGCCCGGCUCCCUCCCUCCUCUCGCGGGCCGGCCACGUCUGCCUCUGCUUCCUACUCGAGGGACCAUGUCGCGGCUCAGCUGGGGAUACGGCGAACACAACGGUCCUAUUCAUUGGAAUAAAUUUUUCCCUAUUGCUGACGGGGAUCAGCAAUCUCCGAUUGAGAUUAAAACCAAAGAAGUGAAAUAUGAUUCUUCUCUGCGACCUCUGAGUAUCAAGUAUGAUGCAAACUCAGCUAAAAUCAUCAGUAAUAGUGGCCAUUCCUUCAGCGUCGACUUUGAUGACACAGAGGACAAAUCAGUGCUGCGUGGGGGUCCCCUCACUGGAAACUACAGGCUGCGGCAGUUUCACCUGCACUGGGGGUCUGCUGAUGAUCACGGCUCGGAACACGUGGUGGAUGGAGUGAGAUAUGCUGCAGAGCUCCAUGUUGUUCAUUGGAAUUCAGACAAAUAUCCCAGCUUUGUUGAGGCUGCUCACGAACCAGAUGGACUAGCUGUUUUGGGAGUAUUUUUACAGAUUGGUGAACACAAUUCUCAACUGCAAAAGAUUACUGACAUUUUGGAUUCCAUUAAAGAAAAGGGUAAGCAAACUCGAUUCACGAAUUUUGACCCAUUGUCUCUGCUUCCUCCAUCCUGGGACUACUGGACGUACCCUGGGUCUCUUACGGUCCCACCUCUUCUUGAGAGUGUCACGUGGAUCGUUUUAAAACAGCCUAUAAAUAUCAGCUCUCAACAGCUGGCCACAUUCCGCACUCUCCUCUGUACGGCGGAGGGCGAAGCAGCAGCUUUCCUGUUGAGCAAUCACCGUCCCCCACAGCCUCUGAAUGGCCGAAAAGUGAGAGCCUCUUUCCAUUAAACGUUGUCACCAGUUGACCACCCCAAACAAGUUUGAGGACAAAACCCAAAACACAAAAAUCCCGAGUAACAGUUCUUUCCUAGGAUUCUGAUGUAUUGGUACCAGACUGCUGUCAGCUUCAGUACCACAAAGAAGAUGAAAUCUCUUUUAUCAAACUAACUUAACUCGUCGGUCUCAGAUUUGCCCUCAUGGGUAUUCAAACAGUGAACGUUGUCUGAUGUGUGUUAAAACCCGUGAAGUGUGUCUACUUCCACCUGUGUGAAAACAUGGCAGGCAUCACAAAUCUCAGAAUGUGUGAAAAUUUUUUCCUUGCCCUAGAGAUCCAAUCAGUCAUAUCUCUCAGUGAGGUUUGGUGACAGAUUUAAAUUCUUUGCUAGAAUGAUAAGAUUGUGAUAUCUUUUUCUACACAAAUGAGUCUGCUUGCUGUCUUGUUCUCAUUCCAAUUCACAGCAAGUCAAUACUAUUUCCUUUCAAAGUGAAUUUUUGCUUUGGUUGUGUUGUUGAUUCUCAUCACAUGGUCCGUUUAAUAAAAUGAACAAUAUGAGUGCUA